CAGCAUCUAGAUGCAAAAAGUAUCAUUGUUAGGAAAAAAUCGACAAAACUGAUUAUUUAGACGUUAUCCCAACCUAAAAAGCUUGUUUAAACAAUUGUUUUUACGUUUAUAUUUAUUCUAGUGUGAAAAUGCACACUUGACACUUCCCAUCGAAAAAGAAUUAUGCCACGAAAAAGACCAACUGAAGCUUCAUGGGACAGCAGCGAUGAUGACCUUCUGCAAGAAACUUCAGGAACAAGUGCUUUUAGCCAUAAAAAGGAAAUUGCAGAUGAAGAAAUAGAUGAAGAUGCGCUUUUGGGAUUUAACCAUGGACAUCAGAAGAAUACUUCACUUGCGGACUUGAGCAGUGAGAUUGAGAUUGGCUUGGAUACCAGUGAUGCCAUCGACAACCAGCUGGACUAUGAGGACGAAGUGCAAGAUGAUUUUGAAAUGGAUGGAAGUACAGAGAUCUUUGACACCUCGGCCCCAGGGAAUGGGGAUCAGGGUACCUUUGAGGUUACUGCUGAAGAAAAUGACAGUGACAGUGACGAUGAAGAAAAGAACAGCCGUAAUCGGUUUCAGUCGGAGAGAAAGACUGUAUCAAUUUCCUCCGUGUCUUAUGCUAAAUCUACAGCGAUCCCUGAAAGUCUAGAAAUCACUGAAGAGAUGCAGAAAGAGAUUGAUUCAUUUGAAAAGAAAGGGAAGGGUGGUAACUUUCAGCAGAAGCGCGGCAUGAACAACCAGAGAGGGGGAUUUGCUCAAAGGGCCAGAGGUCAACGCCUAGCCAUGAACAGGCCUAUUUUAAACAGACUUGGCAAUGGAGUCAGAUUUUCUGACCCCCAAAGAGGCAACAGACAAGGUGUUCCAAGAUUUUCUGGACAAAGAGGCCAAAUGCAGGGUAAUUAUAGGCCAAGAGGGCCACAGCAGGGAAAUUUUGGACAAAGAGGGCCACAGCAGGGAAAUUUUGGGCAAAGAGGCCCGCAACGUGGAAAUUUUGGACUAAGAGGCCCAAAUCAGGAACAUUUUGGACAAAGAGGUCCACAACAGGGAAAUUUCAGACCUCCUGGUCCAGUAAAACAAGAGUUCCAUCCCCAGCAAGGAGGCCACCUGCAGGUAUUUCAAUCUCCACCCCGUGGAGUGCUGCCUCAUGGACCUCCUCAACAUUCUGCAGUUCCCCUUCUGGGAUCCCCUGCCAAUUUUCCACAUGGACCUCCACAUCAUCCGCAGCCACUAUUGCCAAUGCCAAUCCCUCAGCAAUUACAACCACUACCACAUGGAGUGCCUCAACAACAACAUCAACAACAACAACAUCUAGUCCCUCUAUCCCAGCCCCAUCAAACACCUCCCUAUAUGAAUCCCCAAACUUCACACCCACAACAGCCUCAGAUGCCCUCACCAGGGCUCUACUCCCAUCAAGUCCCCCAAGCCCCCCAUUCAGCCCCUGGGCCAGAACUGCAGCCUGUAUAUCCUAGUGUCUCAGUACCUGGAGGUGCUUCAACUAUCCAUGUUAAUCCAAACUUCUCGGGACCUCUGCCAUUGGACAUUAGACCACAAAUGGCUCCACCAGCUAGCAGUGUUCAAGUACAAUACAACCAUCCACAGGUAUCCUGGAGUGGACCGGUUUAUUCCCAGGCUGCCAUCCCACAACCUGGCCAGCCUCAACAGCAAGUGUAUUCUCAGACCCCUAUGCAGCAAUAUCAGCCCCCUGCUACAGUCAUGACAUCUCAACACAUGCAGCCAGGCUUGCUGGAUACACCCAGGCCAUUGUUUGGUUCUGGACCACAAGGAUCACCACGGCCUUUAAUGCAACCACCACAAGGUGUCAAUCAAGGACCUCCAAGACAUUUCAACCCACAACAACAACACCAAGGUCCAACUAGACCAAACAACUAUGCUCAAAGACCUCAAAGACAUCCCGGAUCCCAGCAGCCAAAUCACAUACAGAGGCCGGGAGCCAAUAAGAAUAUAAGACAUGCAGGGCCAAGAAUGCAAAACAUAAGGCCAGGUCAAGGUCAAGGUCCUCCAAGGAUGCAGACCCAGCCUCAGGGCUGGAACCCCAAGCCGGAGAACCUGGCCAAUCAGAGUGAACCAAUCGACCCAGAAAAGAUAAAGAAACAAAUAGAGUUGGAGGAGAGAAAGAAAAAAAGGUUGGCACGGUUUGGAAGUUCGGCCCCAGUGGUGAUUAAACCAGAGGUGUCGAAGGUUGUCAGCCUAAAGCCAUCGAAGCGACACUCAAUGGAUCAGCCUGAAACAUCACCAGCCAAAAUCAGCAGACCGAAUAUCACUGUGUUAGACAGAGGGGGUUUGGAGGCUGAAGUAGGAGGGGAUAAAGAAGAUGAUGAUGAGGAUACCUCCCAUCUGUCAGACUACGAAAAGGCCCUUCUGGAUCAGAAGAAAAGAAGGGAGGCGAUUUUAAGGCAGAAGGAAGAACAUCGACUGGCGGAGGCCAAUAGGAGACGGUUCCUGCUUAAGGAAAAGCUGGCUAGAGAAGGAAAAACAAUAGAGGAUAUUGCCAAAACUGUUAUGGAUGAUAGCAACGAAGAAACUAGUCAAGUUCAGAACAUUCCAAAUGUGACCUCUAGGGGUCGUGGUGCUAGAGGUCAAAUGUCAAACAGGGGUCAGAUUUCAAAUAGAGGACAAAAUGCAAAUAGGGGUCAAAUGUCAAAUAGGGGUCAUAUAUCCAAUAAUAGAGGGCAACUGUCAAAUGUUGGAGAUUUUAAUCCAAACGAAGUUCAAACAAUUAGUGUUCUAGGUCAAGGACAAAAUACACCUGUGACAUUGACAAGAGGACAGCCUAGAGGUCGUGGUAAUUUUAGGGGUCAAGGUCGUGGACAAGCUAGAUCUCAGAUAAAUUUCUCACAGUUGCAACAAGUGAAAAUUGAAGAAAAUGUAGACUUUGAUGUGCAGUCGACAGUUCCUGUGAAUGUCAAUAGAACUGUGAUAAGCUCCAGUAGGGAUUUGACAUUGGACGCAAAGGGUGAUGCCUCCCAAGGUCAAGGUCAAAGAAUUGUCAAAGCUGGGAACCAAAAUAGAGUGGUGCUUGGCGGGGACGAAUCUAGUCCAAAAAGGAGAAUAAUUGUUGACUCCAAGCCGACUUCUGCCAGUAUAUCCAUCAAUGGCCUUUCAAAGAGUGCCAAUCUUACCCAGAUAAACUCACUUUGUGCCAAGUGCGGAACUGUGAAGGUAUUCAACUAUUACACUGAUGAAAGGAAGGUUGAGGUGAAAUUUGCUAGUCCAAUAGAGGCGGGCCUAUUUCUGAAAAAAUACCCAAGGGUGAUGGUUGACAUGAGCGUUUUGACGUGUGUUUCCAUUCCUGAAAUUUGAAGUUGUUUCCCUCAGGUCAUCAUGUGAAGAAGUAUUAGAGUUUUACCAUUUCUGAAAUAGACAUAGGAUGGAGAAAAGCCGCAGGGAUUUAGAAAUAAUGUCAGAAUACUUCACCCUGGACACAUGUAAAAGCAUUAAGAGUGUUCAUAGGAAUCCUCGGAUCAAAGUGAUUGUAUAUUGAAGGAAAGGUGUGGUAAAAGGAACUCUAGACAGUGGAUGAGAGUUAUCAAUGGAUGGUCCAUUUCUGGUAUUCUCAUGCUCCAGGAUAGUUAGUUAAGGUAGAUUGGUUAAAAGAGUUGCAUAGAAGUUCUUAGAGGGGGGUUGUAGAUGAAAGAGUGUCGUUGAGUCAAAAAAUAAACUGUCUAAUGCAGGGUGAUCAACAUAUGCUCGAUAUGAACAUGGAGCAAGGGAUAACUGUCCGGAAAAGGAUGUUCAAAAUAUGCUUGAUUUUCCAGGAAAUCUGUGAAGUGUAUAUAACUUUUCACAGAAUAAAGAUAAGACAUUUGCUGGGAACUUCAUAGUUUCCAGAUUUGAAAUGGAAAAGUUCACAAGAUCACAAGAUAGACUUUUCAGAUGUUAAAUCACUUUAAAUCUUGUUGACUUUAUAGAAUUUCUCAGAGAAAUAUUGGGUAUAUAUAUAUUUAUAUAUUUAUGGAUAUUCUUGAAGAAAUGUCAGAAACCUAUUGAAUCUUUCAUUAGCACACUUAUGAUUUGAAGCACUUAUCUUACUUGUACUUUGCAUUAUAUUUGUUAUGGAAGAUACCAAAAUGCUAGAGGGAAAUGUGUACAUGUAUAUUCACUAUUAUGUUUAAAAGUUGGUAGAGAAACCUGUGAUGUUUCAAGACAUAAGAAAGCUGCUAAACAGAAGUACAACAUUAAAAAAGUAGUCAAAACAUCUGAUAGAGAUAUGUGUUUAAAAAAGUUUGAUACAAGAUACUUAUCGGCUGCAUUCAUAAAGCAUCUGAAGUUGAAUUUUUCACUUUGAAGAAAAUUGUCCUAUUUUCUAAGCUGAUUUUUAUGAUAACUAACAAUGUCUGUUUUGUAAAGAUAUGAACACAUGCAAGGCUUCGGUCUUAAUUGUGAAUUAAUAUGAAUACAUUUAAUGAAAAGUGGUGGGGAUUUAAUAUGAACAUUGUCAAAAACAGUGGACAUUUUCACUAGAGGCUGAAUUUUUACACCAACAUGCUUCAUGAAUACAACCCUGAUGUGCGUAUAACCUGCCUGUAUGGCAGUUUUCACUCACCAUGUACUGAUUUAAAGCUGUACAUGCUUGUACAUGAUCAUUAUAUUCAGUGACAAACAUUGUUUGCUGUUUAGUGUAGUGUCAGAUGUUGUAACAUCUUGUGCACUGAAGCAGUACAAAUGUCAUGUAUGUUAUAUUGAACUAAGGCAGUAUUCAACUAUGUAGACAGAAAAAUGGUCUGUGCUUAAACUAAUUAAUUGGAUACUAAACAUGUACAAUUUCGUUGUGUGUAUGUGUUAAUAGCUUAAGAAAGAAGAUACUUGUUCAACAGUUGCAUGCCCUUGACAACUCAAAUAUGCUGUUAAGAGUAUUAUUGCUGUGUUAUAUGUUUGACAGUUAUGUCUGCUACCUAGUUUAAUGGACACAUUGCUCUCAAUUAAGAAUGAUAAACUUUGUGCUAUGUUGGCAUUGUUCUGCCUAUGACAUUGUAUACUAUUGGAUGAAUUGUAAAUAUGGAUAGAAUAUUUGACAACAUAUAAAUAUCCGUUAAACAUGUGCAUAUAAGUCAUAUGAAAUAGAAUGAGAGAUAUUGCCCUCUUGUGUAGGGUCAGAGAAUAAUCUGAAAGAAAGGGUUGUGUUAUUUUAUUAAUACAAGAAUAAAGAAUUGUUUUGUGCUCUAGAUGCUUUUAACUGUAGAACAUAUGCUCUUCAUGCUGUGUUUCCCUUUCAUAAUAUAGAUACAUUCAUACAUUACAUUCAAGGACUGUGUGUAGUUGUUAAGAUUUCAUAAAUGAGAGUUUAUUUCUGAUCAGGGCCCAUGUUCACAUGAAGUCUCCAGCCUCUAGUCUGAAUUAAACCUCUCAAAUUGUAUUUUUUAUAUAACUGUACCCAACUUCCUUUUUAGCAUAGAAUAGAUUGUGAAAAUUCUGAUUCGUAACCAUUUUGAAGGUAUCCCUAUUAUUCACACAGAUUGUGUAAAAAUAAAGCAAUAUCAAUGACAAUUUGUCAUGUAGACACUUGGAUUCUGACUCGGGACUGCCAAGAUAAUGGGCCCUGGUGUAAAAAUGUGAAUUGUUAAUUAGUGUUUAAAAUUUUAAUUUAAUUGGUUAAUUAGUAUUCAAUCAUAUGUUUUGUGUUCAUGUUAAUUUAAGGAAGUGAAUAUUAUACCUAUAUUCUUUUAUAAAUCAUGAAUAAACCACUGUUCAUGUUAUGUUUAUAGAUGUCAUUUAAAUCAAACAUGAGAAAAAUGAAAUUAUGGCAUAUGUUAGUGUAUUUCUCAACAAUUAUGUUCUAUUAUGACUGUUAUACUUCUUAAGAAAGUUAUAAUUCUGGGUUAUUAUAUAGAAAUAUUUGUGAGGUCUUUUGUAGCUUAUUAUAUUUGUAGGUAGUUAUUUUUCCUGCAUUUACUUUUCAUUUUGGAUGCAUAAUUCACAGACGUGAAAAUGAAAACAAUCUUGUUUAAGCUCAUUCUCAGUACCAAGGCUAGAUAUAACCAUUGAACACCCUGGGCAAAAGCACUGCAGAAACCUCGUUCUCAUGAAUAAUAAUGAGGUGAAAUCUUGAUGUUUGAUUGGAUGUCUGAGACACACCUCUGGCAAUACAGAAAUACACAAUGUAUUCUGAAGAGUAAUAGGAAUAUCAUAGCAUGGGCUCAGAUUAGGGUUUUAGCUUAUCUAUUCAAAUAAUUAAAAAGGGCUAAAAAUUAAAGAGGGCUCAUACUUUCUAGUGCCACCAUCCCUGUUGCAGCUUGGUUAAGGUUUUGUAUCUAAGCCCCUGCCAUGCAUCUAUCUUUGUUACAUUUCAUGGGAAUGAUUCAGUGUGUUAUGAUUCAACUGGCCCGUUAUCUCAGAUUUUGUUAAAUCCAGUAUAGCAUCACCAAGCUCAUCACACUAUUUUUGUGUUGGUAUAAAUUGUGUUAUAUUCUCUUUUUCAUGAGUUUUAAGACUUUUUAAAGAAAAUUACAUGUAUACCUAAGACAAUCAAGAUAAACCAUUUUUAACCAGGUUUUUAAUGAAUACCAGGUUAUUAGAAUGAGG